AUGGCUGAGGCUCCGAUUGGCAGUUGCAAAAUUCCAGGCACAGAAGCGCGUGUCUUGGACAACAAGCUUGUCAGGAUCGUGUUCGUGACCAGCGAAGUGGCACCCUUCUCGAAGACUGGAGGCCUGGGUGAGGCGAUGGACGGUCUGCCCAUUGCUCUCGCGGCCCUGGGCCACCGCUGCAUGGUCAUCUCUCCUCGCUACGACCAGUACAAGGAGGCUUGGGACACGGGCUACUGGGGCUCCGUGCCCAUGGGCGGCAAGAACGAGUCCGUGCACUUCUUCCACACCUACAAGCAGAAGGUCGACUACGUCUUCGUCGAUCACCCCACCUUCCUGGAGCGCGUCAACGGACUCACAGGUGCCAAGCUGUACGGCCCGGAGUGGGGUCAGGACUUCGCAGACAACCAGGCCCGCUUCGCCUACUUCUGCAAGGCUGCCUUGAAGGCCAUUCAGGAGCUGCCCCUGGGCGGUGCCGUGUACGGCGGUGACUGCAUGGUCGUCUGCAACGACUGGCACUCGGCCCUCGUGCCUAUGCUCAUCCACGCCGAGAAGCCCACAGGCAACUGGACGAACACGAAGUCCGCGUUCCUCUGCCACAACGCGGUCUUCCAGGGCCGCUUCGUGCGCGAGGAAGGCCUUGCCAGCGUCUUCGGCGUGCCAGAGCGCUACAUCGACAGCAUCACCUUCAAGAUGCCUCUGCGCAUCGGAAAGUACAACGAGAAGAAAUCCUGCAUCAACACGAUGGCUGCCGGCCUGCGCUACGCCGACCGGGCCCUGACCGUCUCUCCCAGCUACGCCGUGGAGUGCUGCACGGACCCAGAGAAGGGCGUUGAGUUGGAGGACCUCUUCACCCUGGGCAAGUGCACAGGAAUCCUGAACGGAGUGAAGGAGGGCGUGUCCCCAAGCGACAAGAACUUCGUCACGAAGACCAUGAUGACCUGCGGAGCCUUCACGGCCGCCACUGCCCCCGAGGCUAAGGCGGAGCUGAAGGCCACCUACCGCGCGCAGAACAACCUCCCGGAUUCCACGGGCCCCCUGAUGUGCUUCAUCGGAAGGCUGGAUGCCCAGAAGGGCUACGACCUCCUCUUGGAGGCCCUGGUGGAGAUCCUCGAGGACACCGAGAUGCAGGUGGUCAUCGUGGGCUCCGGACGUGCGGACCUCGUGGCUCAGACGAAGGCCGUCGAGAAGAAGUAUCCCAGCAAGUUCUUCUAUGCAGGCUGGAUGGGCCCCGAGCGUUACGCUCUGCUCGCCGGCUGCGACUACACGCUGCUUCCGUCCAGGUGGGAGCCCUGCGGCCUGGUCCAGAUGGAGGCCAUGCGCAUGGGCACUUUGCCCAUCGUUGCCCCGACCGGCGGCCUCAAGGACACCGUGGAGGAUGGCCUGAACGGACUCUGGACCGACAAGGAGAUGUCCGUGGAGGCCGUCAUCGACGAGGAGUCCGUCCAGUCCAUCGCGAACGCCCUGAAGCGCGCCUCCAAGCUCUUCAUUCAGGAGCCCGAGAAGGUGAAGGCCAUGACCCGGGCGGCGAUGGCGGCCUCCGCGGAGUUCACCUGGAGCAACGCCGCCCUGCAGUACGAGGCCGUCUUCGAGGAGCUUGGCGUCAAGGACACGCUGAAGGGUGGCGUCGCGUCUGUCACACUGGAGACGGACAAGCAGGUGUGCUAA